AUGGCGGACGACUCCUCGAAGCCCGUGGGAUGCCACGUCGGCGUUGUCGGCACAGGUGCUUUAGGACUUCUGGCAAUAAAGAACCUCAAAGAGCAAGGGCUAGAAGUGACCGCUUUCGAGCAGAAUGACCACCUUGGUGGGCUGUGGCACUUCUCACCCAAGCCAGACCAAGUCACAGCACUUCCAAUGACGUCUUUCAACAACUCGAAGCAGAUGGCGCACAUCACAGACUUUCCUUUCGCAGAUGGUACAAUCCCUCACCUACGCGACGAUGCAACACACCCGACUGCGAAAAGUAUCGAACGAUACCUCGAAGCUUACGCAAAGGAAUUCGAUCUUCUCCCUCACAUCAAGUUUUCCACCAAAGUUGCCAGAGUAGAACGAGACAACGUCAACGGAAAAUGGUUUAUACACACGGAGACCACAAUCCCAGAGGCUGAAAGUGUCAUGCAGAGGCAUAUCUUCGACCGAGUUGUUUUAGCCACUGGAAUAGUCAACACUCCAAUGAUGCCACACAUUCAAGGCAUCGAAAGAUUCGAGGGAGAGGCCAAACACUCAAUUGAAUUCAAGGACCCGUACAGAUACUCGGACAAAAAUGUUUUGCUGAUUGGACUCGGGGCUACCAGCGCUGACACGCAGUCCUUUCUGAAGAUGGCAAAUGCUCGCUCAAUCACAAUCAGUCAUCGUCAGCAAUUCUACCUGGUUCCCAAAAUGAUCAAGGGGAACGCUUUUGACCACGGCAUGACGCGCCGUGCGCUCACAAUCUUCCGAAGUUUGGGUGACUGGUGGCCUAGAGCUUGCGCCAUGGUCUUCACAAAGGCUUUGGACAGUGCUAGAAGGAAAGCAUACCCCUGGCUCAGCAAACACCCGUCGUUCGUAGCUCCACGGGUUCUUGCAAGCGCAGAGCAUCGGAUUCCGGUUCUAUCCAACGACCUCGCUGAGAAUCUAAGAGAUGGGAUCACCCGUACUGUUCCUGGGGUAAAGGAAGUUACCGGUCCCAAGUCGGUGACCUUCACAGACGGUACAGUUUUAGACGACAUCGAUGCCAUCAUUAUCUGCACGGGGUACGAGUACGACUUCUCAGUGAUCAAGGGCGCCGGUGACCCUACCAACCCUGAAAAAGCUCCAGAUCAUUUCGAGCGCAUCAACACAACUCGUUAUAAGGAUCCUCAUGUGCAUUUCGCUCGCCUGUAUCGAGGGUUUCUGUCAGAGGAGUAUCCUGAAUCACUUGCGUUCAUCGGUCACUUCUUCAUCUUGAAGGCGCCAUUUGUGUUUAAUGAUCUCGUCACGAUGGCACUGGCUAGUCUCUGGAGCGGAAAGAUCCCCCUACCCUCAGCCGACGUGAUGGCACAAGACAUCAACAGACACUACGACACCGUUGUGAAUACUCUUGAACGCGGGGCGCUACCCCACCUAGGAUUCAGGAUGUUCGGCAGCGACACCUACACAUGGUUGAACAAGGUUGCAGGAACCGGAGUGACGGAGAGAAUUGGCUGUUUCAGUAAGGAGGCUUGGAAGCUCUGGUGGAAUGACCGGAAAUUCUACAACUUGCUCAUGGAUGGUGCCGAUUCACCGGCGGUCUAUCGGCUUUUCGAAACGGAGCGGGGCCGGAAGGCUUGGCCGGGGGCCCGUGAUCAAAUCCUGAAGACGAAUAGGGAGGUGAAAGAAAUGGGCGAGGAGUGGACAAAGAAGAACAAGGCAAAGUCUAAAUAG